GAACUUGAAACUCGCGGUAGAGAGCAUGUCCUCCGCGUUGAGAUUGGCGUUGCUACUUUUACUGGGCGAAGCGUACGCGCGUAACGUGGGAGAUACCGAAGUAAUAUUGCUACCGGUAUGGGACUUGAACGGUGCACCGGAGGUCCCGCUAAUUUUCAAGGCUUUCGGGCAAUUGAUCCAAUUGAACUUGCGCAGAAACGACAAAAUUAUAUCCCCGCAGUUUCAAGUGUGGAAACACAAUGCGAGAGGAGUGACGGAAGAGUUGUCGCAAUUGAGCGCGCCGGAUCUUCGCUAUUACCUUCACGAGGAUCAUCGCGGCACCGCGGCCAUAAAUUUUAAUCAGGAACGCGGAUUGCACGGGCUCGUCUUUUUGGAGAACGUGACGUUGGAGAUCGCACCGUUGCGAAAGGACUUUGCACCGUCGCCCUCGCUCGUGGACGAUCGUUACGUUAGAGAAGAGGCUGAUCUUUCGCUCGGCGAGCCUCACGUGAUCAAGCGAUCACCGAGAUAUCCUGGUAGUCCUCCGCAGUUGAGGCCAAAGCUGCGGCGUCGGGCAGCUGCGAAAGAAAAAUUAACGCUGGAGCUAGCCGUCUUCCUCGAUGAGGCUGCGUACCGCCUGUUCUCGCCUUUCCUCGACGAGGACGACGCGAAGAUUCGCGACAUGCUGUUGGCGUACGUGAACGGCGUUCAAGCGCUGUACCAUCAUCCGAGUCUCGGUGUCCCGAUCGACAUCUCGCUGGUACGCUUGGACGUCGUCCAGAGGCAGCCGCCAGACCUGCCGCAUUUCGGCGGCGAGAGGGGCAGCUUGCUCGAUUCAUUCUGCAAUUACGCGAGAGCUCGCAACCCCCCGGAGGACGCUGACUCGCGCCACUGGGACAUGGGCCUCUACGUAACCGGGUUGGAUCUCUACGCGCUGGAGAACGGAAGGAGGAACGGCGCUACCAUGGGACUGGCCACCGUCGGUGGCCUCUGCAUCCCGCGCUAUUCUUGCGUGAUAGCGGAGUUGGGCGUGAUGGACCAAUUUGGCAAGCCGUACCCAUCCGCGGGGUUCACGUCGGUUUACAUCGCCGCGCAUGAGAUUGGUCACAAUCUAGGAAUGCAUCACGAUUCGAGCAGCAAUGUGUGCCCGAAGGACGGAUACAUAAUGUCUCCCAGUAGGGGUGUCCGAGGCGAAACGAUCUGGUCGGACUGCAGUCGCGAGAUAGCCGAGGCGCUCUCAAGGACGAAGCUCUGUCUCCUGGAUCGGCCGGGCAAUGUCUCGGCCGCGGACGAUCACACGCGGUUCCGCGAUCUACCCGGAAGAGAAUGGACCGCCAAGCGGCAAUGCGAACUACUCUUGCGCGACAAGGACGCGAGUGUCGUCACGCUGUACCAGGCCUGUCAGUCCUUGCAGUGCGAGACGCCUCACAGAAGCAGAUACUACUUUGCGGGACCGGCGCUCGAUGGAACUUCCUGCGCACCCGGCAGAGAAUGUCGCGGCGGACAAUGCGUCUCUGUUCUCGAGCCACCGAGCGUCUCGGACGACGAGAAGAAGGGCGGCAGCUGGAGCGAGUGGAGGGAAGGUUCCUGCAGCAGUGGUUGCUUGCAGAAGUCCAAGGGCGCUCGAGUUAGGCGACGAUUCUGCGAGAAUCGGGAUCGCCAAGCGGCGGACUGCAAGGGGCUGUACUACGACGUACUCCUGUGCAAGGACGAGAAGCUGUGCAAGAAGAAGCGCAAGACGAUCGUCGAGUUCGCCACCCUGAAGUGCGGUAUCUUCGCCGAGAGGAUACCGGAACUGGACGGCACGGCGAACGGACUGCAGGCGUCUCACGAGGUCGACAGACCGUGGAUGGCGUGCACCGUGUUUUGUCGACGGAAGGACAUUUCCGCCUAUUACGCACCGCGCGUCGAACUGAACGAUCUCGGUCUCGACCCGUAUUUUCCCGAUGGCACUUGGUGCCACGCCGAGGACGGCCAGGAUUACUUCUGCCGUCAGCAUCACUGUCUACCAGAGAGCUUCCGGUUCGGGAAGAAACUGCCGAGGGAACGGCACGAGGACGAGGACGCGGAGGAACUGGGCCCGCAAAACGCGCGGAAUCGGCUCGGCACCUCCGAUCGGUUCAUCAAGUACCUGGCGCUAGGUCCGAGCGACCUGCCGCUGUUGACUUCAGUCUCGCGCGACGUUGCGUCGCCGCUCGGCGAGGACGAGUGGAUCGAUAAGGACUACGUCGAGUUGCCUGCCUCCGCGCCCGAGGAGAAUUACUCCACCGGUUAUUAAUAUUAUUUAAUAUCGACGAGUAAAAAGAAAAACCGGGUGAGGAGGAUUAGUUGGCAAGCCUGUAGAGAGAGGGGAAUAGACUGCUACGUGGAGCGGAUGCGCUCGCUCGUGCGAGAAAGUAUCUCGAGGGAUGGGAUGAGAACGAUGACGUCAUCCACUUCACCGUUUAUUUUAAGAACGCGUCCCGACGUUAUAUUCGUAUUUGUAUAGAAGCAGGACGGAGAAUCGGGGGCAAUAAAGAGGAUACCGUGUAACU